CUCGCUGCCACGAUUGCUCUCCCAAUCGACAUUCAAUCGCAUAUCGGAGACCCUCGGGGCCAUCAAUCAUGUCGGACACAUGUUGGUGGACAUGACCAGGGGAGGACAGGAAGCGGCGAAGACGGAGAGUGAGGGAAGCGGUGAUAAGAGCAGCACAGCCACCACCACAGAAGCGACACCAACAACAGCCACUGGUAACACCACCGCACCGCACCCCGUUCCCUCCGUGACAUCCACCCCUCUGGGAAGAUCGGAGCCCCUCCCCGGCAUCUCUGGCAAGCUGCUGGACAGACCAAUUACACUCUCGCCCAAUAGUUUGCUGCCAGCGGGUAGGCCAGCGAAUCUGAGUGCCAUUCAGCAGGUGGCAACCAAGAGGAUUGGCGUCGACGCCGCCCCCAUGUUCGUGGAGAACAAGGAGCUGAAGCAGAAGAAGAAAAAGAAGAAGAACAAGAACAAGCAGAAGCUGAAGCCGAAGCCCAGCGAGGAGCAGCUGCAGGGCACACAACAGAUUCAACAGAAGAUCAAAAUACCAACGACACCACGCACCACCACGACCAGCCCAGGGACAAGCACGAGCAGCACUAGGAUUACCCCAGUGACCCUACGACCUCUCGAUCAAUUGGCUUUGGCCAGCAAUGACGAGGAGGCCGGCACUGGCAAGGAUGCGGAGAAUUACUGCAAGACUCCAAGUGGCCGUGCGGGACGCUGCGAGGAUCUCAGCAGCUGCCCAGCGCUGCUCCUGAAUCUGAGCAGCCUGCGCGAGUCCCUGUGCUUCAAGAGUCUCUUUGUGCCCGGCGUGUGCUGUCCUUUGUCUUCGGUUAGCACUUCGGAGAGCUCCGCCCCGCAGAGCACCACUCAGAGGCCGCUCAAACUGACUGCCAAACCCACUCCCAGCAGCACCACAAAACGCACCACCGCGAGGCCAGUGACAGCCAGACCCUCGACACGCCCCACCUCUGGCCUGGUGCUCAUACCCCAAAAGAAACCACCCACCACGACGACAACCACAACAACGGAAGUGCCGCUGGAGCCCGAGGGUCUGGAUGAGCUUGGCAACAAUAUUGUGGAUCCGGAUGAGUGCGGACAGCAGGAGUACUCCACGGGUCGCAUUGUCGGUGGAGUCGAGGCACCCAAUGGCCAGUGGCCCUGGAUGGCGGCCAUCUUUCUGCACGGCCCCAAGCGCACAGAGUUCUGGUGCGGUGGCUCCCUGAUUGGCACCAAGUACAUCCUGACAGCGGCUCAUUGCACGCGCGAUUCCAGGCAGAAACCCUUUGCGGCACGACAGUUUACGGUGCGUUUGGGUGACAUAGAUCUGUCCACAGAUGCGGAGCCCUCGGAUCCGGUGACAUUUGCUGUCAAGGAAGUUAGAACACAUGAACGCUUCUCUCGCAUUGGUUUCUACAAUGACAUUGCCAUUCUGGUGCUGGACAAACCCGUGCGAAAGUCCAAAUAUGUGAUACCCGUCUGUCUGCCCAAAGGCAUUCGAAUGCCGCCAAAGGAGCGCCUGCCGGGCCGCAGGGCCACUGUGGUGGGCUGGGGCACCACCUACUACGGUGGCAAGGAGUCCACCAGCCAGCGGCAGGCAGAACUUCCCAUCUGGCGGAAUGAGGACUGCGAUCGCAGCUACUUCCAGCCCAUCAAUGAGAAUUUCCUGUGUGCUGGCUACUCCGAUGGCGGUGUGGAUGCGUGUCAGGGUGACUCUGGUGGUCCUUUGAUGAUGCGUUACGACUCCCAUUGGGUGCAGCUGGGAGUUGUAUCCUUUGGCAACAAAUGCGGAGAGCCAGGAUAUCCAGGUGUGUACACACGUGUCACCGAGUACCUCGAAUGGAUACGAGAUCACACGCGUGACUGAUCAUCCGGAUCGGACUGUUCCAUUCGUUUAGCCUGUAACUUGUAGCCUAGGUUUAGUUACUUACUAGUCUCUUACUUUGUACUCUUAAUGCUUCCUGCCUUGUCCCUGCUCCACUGAUGCUCCCUGACCUCUCCCCCUUAUUUAUUAAUACAU